AUGGACCUGCUGGCAAUCUUCUGUCACUUCCUGCUUUUAUGUUUUGAUCCAUCUGCGGCCACAAGCCUCAUCACAGCGGAUAUAUUCGAAGCCAGAGGUCAACGUGUGUGCAAGGCAGGAAAAGGGAAGCCGUGCUACAAGCUGGCCUAUUUCUCCGAGCUCCGGCGUAGGCUGAACUUCGUAGAUGCAGAGUUCGCCUGCAGACGGGACGGGGGGCAGCUGCUGAGCGUGGAGUCGGAGUCUGAGCAGAAGAUCAUAGAGCAGCUCAUCACAGAGCUCCGCCCAACUGAUGGAGAUUUCUGGAUCGGUCUCCGUCGUAACCAUGGAGACGAGAACAGCAGCUCAGACUGCUCCUCACAGUACUACUGGCUGGAUGGCAGCAAGUCCACAUAUAGGAACUGGCAUUGGGAUGAGCCAUCAUGUGGCUAUGAGGUGUGUGUGGUAAUGUAUCACCAACCGUCCGCUCCUCCUGGUCUGGGUGGGCUCUAUAUGUUCCAGUGGAAUGACGACAAUUGUGAAACCAAGAACAACUUCAUCUGUAAAUACACUGCAGAGAAGCCACAGGACCCGUCCCCGUCUCCCAACUCUACUCUAACAAAUGUGUUCCCCUCAUCCGUGCUGCCGUGGAAUCCAAAUGACCGCGACCAGGGCAGCAAUACAGCUCUGAAUCUGAUUUACAUCAUCAUUCCCACCAUCCCCCUGAUUCUGCUGUUACUGACAGCGAUCGGAGUCUGCUGCUUCAAACUGCUGGCCGCACGGAGAAGGAAACAACAGAAAUCAGAAGUAUGCCAGACGGACCCAAGCUUCUGCCCCAGCCCGGCUCCAACUGACGUCUACAACGUCAUUCGCUCCCAGAAGGAGGAUGACCUGGUUUCAACUCGCCCGCACACCAAAAACACCUCCUUUUUAUGCUCCUCCCCCGACACACCCACAGGUGACUACGACAACCUGGGGGGGCGGGACACAGAGAGCGGCUUUGUGACGCUUGCCAGCACAGAGAGCUGCUUCCUCAACUUUGACCUCAAUGACCUCAGCCUUGGGCGUCGCACCAACCGUGACUUCUACAACACCAGCUUGGGCCGCUCAGCAAAGAGGGAGUUGAGGGACUUGAAUGACAGCAGUCUGGGCUCCACUGGGCACAGAGAGUAUUAUGACAGGAGUCUAGGUCGUCGUACGACAAAGAGCGAGCAUUACGGCAGCAGCGUGUACGGGGACCAUGUGUUGUAUGAUGGCAGCAUCAGAGGAGGGAGCGACCUCUAUGAUCCCAAACUGAAGCCUGGAAGUCACACAGUGAAGGCUGACCUCUAUCAGACAUACAUCACAAACGGCAAGGAUGACACUUACCAGACCAGCCUGGGAACCUUUGGAAACCGAAAAUCCUACCAAGCAAACCUGGACAGCUACAGAAACGGCCUGAAUCUUGAUGCCGGAAGGAGAUACUACAAUGAACAAGAAUGGAUCAACAGAGAAAACUACUGA